UAAAAAGAAUACAAAAUAACAAAAGGCAGAACCCAUUGAUUUAUUUAUUUUACCUUUUCUUCAAGUUUCAAAAUUUAUGAUUCACGAGACCCCCUUCCCCCAUCGCUCCCUCUCCUUUUGAGGAAGUACUGUUUCGUCUCCUUCUUCAUCUCAUGCUGCCUUCAUUUUCAGCCUAAUUCUCUUUUAACAUUUUGAAUUUUGAGUAUAUACUUCUAGACGUACAUACAUAUAUAUAUAGGUAUAUAGAUAUAGAGAGAAGCAUGGCUUGGCUAAGCUUGGCUUUUGCAGGCUACCCCAUGUGAGUAGCUGCAUUUUAAUUUUACCCAUUAUUCCAAGUAGUCAAUGCUUUUGGGUUGGGACAGUGAGGAGUCUGUUUGACUGCAAACACAGUCACUUUCUUAACCCACGGUGCUUUUAUAUCUAUAUGAUCAAGAUGGAGAUUGAGAAGAAGAAAAGGAGUGAACCUUUUCUUUAACAACCAGAAAGAGACUUCAUCAUCAUCUUCAUUGCUUUCUGUUCACUUUAUGUUUUUGAAAGCAAUGGAUCUCACCACUCCCAAAUACUUUCAGUCCCCUCCUCCCUUAUUUGAAUCAAAUGUGGAACCGCCAUUGGAAGGCAGGAGAAGCUUCUAUGGUAAAACCAAGGAUAACCCUUUUGCAGAUACCUUCCAUGAUCCACUUUGCAAGCUUAACCUCAAAGAAACUUCAGAGUUUGUCAAGUCGUUACCAAUGGCAAACAAUGUCACCUGCUCUGUUUCAACUCAGAGAAGGAGAGAUGGAGUUAACUCAGUGACCCAAAGACGAGUUACAGAUUCUCCUUCAACUCCUGGAAGACCUGUGUUUGGGUUUAGUGUUAGAAAUCUUUCAAGGAAGAAUGUCCCUUCAAAGUGGGACGAAGCAGAGAAGUGGCUUGUUUGUAGCCCUUGCAAUGACUCCCCUGCCCACACAUUGAAACCAUCAGAACCAACAAAGAUAUUAAAGCAAUGUGAUAACUUUAAGCCCCAAACAGAUGUCUUUGCUGAGAAAUCUCGAGUUACAGAAGAAAAGGUUUCCAAACCAGUUUCUAACUUUCUUGAAUCUGCAACUUUAGUUCAAAAUAACAGUAACCCAUUAAGAGCUUUCAAUGGAGUUUCUGAUUUACACCUAAAAGAUAAGUUUAUGGACAAUGUAGAGCCAAUUUUGCCAACGAAAGAAGGCUUUCUGUUCAACAAUUCUCCCAUUAACAAGAUGAAAGUUGCAGGCGCCAUCAUUGAGGUUCAACACAGAGACAUUGGAACAGAGAUGACUCCUCUUGGCAGUUCCACUACCUCAAGGUGCCCAACGCCAUUCAAAAGCACUUCCCCUGUUCGCCACAACACGCCAGCUAGCAGAUCCGGGCCACUCGGUCUAGCCGGUGACGGCGGCGACAAUGCCACCGUCGACAUUUCCCAGUUGCAGGAAUGCCAUUUGGCCAAGCUACAGCUUCCGUCUCAAUACGAUUCUGUUACAUCAAAUUGGAGCUCGAGGGAAGAAGAAGAGGAAGAAAUUUCCAAAAGCUUGAGACACUUUGAAACUGGGAAUGAAUGCCGGAAAAGUAUAUCGGAUUCCAGAGCUGCAGCUUGGGAAGAAGAGGAGAAGACUAAGUGCUGUAAUAGAUAUCAGAGAGAAGAAGCCAAGAUCCAGGCUUGGGUGAACCUGCAAAAUGCAAAAGCAGAAGCUCAAUCGAAGAAACUUGAGGUGAAAAUAGAAAGGAUGAGAUCAAAUCUAGAGGAGAAGCUGAUGAAGAGAUUAGCAAUAGUCCACAGAAAAGCUGAGGAAUGGAGAGAAGCAGCCAGACAACAACACUCUGAGCAGAUUCAGAAAGCCACAGAACAUGUCAAGAAGUUAAAUUGGAGACACUCUUAUUCUUUAGGCCGCAACACCACUUCUUGUGGUUGCUUCCCUACCCAUAAUAACACUCACUAAAAUAAAAUAAUCAAAACAAAUACUUGUAACAUCUCUUCUUUUCUUUUUCAUUUUUAUUAUGGUUGUUUCUUGAAAGGACAAUAGCAGGAGGAUGAAGUCACUAUCUUUGAGUUUUUAACAAUAUUUUAUUGGCCUUCAUUCCCCUUCUUUCAACUUUUGAGGUAGUAAACAAAAU